AUGUUGCUGCUGCUGCUGCUGCGGCUGCUGCAGGGGGCUGAGUGGGUUGGGCGCCCGGGUGUCCAGGCUGGGACAGGGUGGUCCCAAAGGUCCCAGGCUCUGGAUGAUGAAUUCAAGUUGCAGGUGCAGCGGUUGGUGACCGUGCACGAGGGCCUGUGCGUCUUCGUAUCCUGCAACUUCUCAUACCCCCGGAGCGGCUGGCAGGACACCGACCCAGCUUACGGCUACUGGUACCACAAGCAGCAGAACAAAGCCACCCAUCACCAACAGGAUGUUCUGGUGGCCACCAACGACCCCGCUCGUAAAGUGCAUGGGGCAACCGAAGGCCGAUUUCAGUUGCUCGGGGACCCGGGGGCCAAGACUUGCUCGCUGGGCAUCACAGAUGCCCGGAAGGAAGACGGGGGGAAAUAUUUCUUCCGGCUGGAGAGAGGAAAGACGCUGCAGUACAGUUAUAAGCUGAGACUCACAGUGAAUGUGGCAGCGGUGAGGCUGGUCCCCAUCUCCAUCACGGGCUCCCUGGAUUCUGGCCACCGAAGCAACGUGACCUGCUCUGUGCCCUCGGCCUGUGACAGGGGGACCCCACUGGCCUUCUCCUGGGCAGGUCCUGCCCUCAGGUCCCAGGAACCCCACCCAGGGACCUCUAACCUCUCGGUGGUCACGCUGACCCCAAGCCCACAGGACCACGGCACCAACCUCACCUGUCGUGUGACCUUCCCCCGACUUGGGGUGACCGCAGAAAGGACCAUCACGCUCAACGUUUCCUAUGCACCCCAGAACCUGACCAUCGGCUUGCUCCGAGGAGAAUGCACAUGGAAAUAUCUAGAUUAUCUGGGAAGCAGCAGGUCUCUCGGAGUGCUGGAAGGGGACUCCGUGCGCCUCGUCUGUGUGGCCGACAGCAGCCCCCCCGCGACUGAGGCCUGGGGAGAGGGAUGUGUCCAGGUGGGUGGCUGCGGGGUGAUCAGCAGGAGAACUCCUGGUGGGAAACCCGAGUGUGCGGGAUUUGUGCAGGCAGCCACCCUGGGAGCUGGUCUUGCCACUGCCAUCUUUCUCUGUGCCUGCCUCAUCUUCCUCGUGGUGAAGAGAUACAGGAAGAAGACAACCAAGAUGGCAGGACCCGAGGUCCCCUCCGCCAUGGGCACCGUCGCACAGGGUGGCCCGCGGAAGGCUCCGCCCCGAGGCCCCGCCCCGGCCACGCCCAUCUUGGGAGAGGCCCAGGUGGCCGGCCAGGAGGGCACCCGCAGCCCCGCGGUCCCGGAGAUGGAGGACCCGGAGGCCCAGGACUCCCAGUUGCUGUACUCCUCGUUCCCGGCGAUGGAGAGCCCGGAGGUGCAGGGCUCCCAGUUGCAAUGCCCCCGGAUCACGGAGACCCAGGACCCGGAGCUGCAUUACACCGCGCUCGUCUUCCCGCGCCAGAGGCCCCGGGCGCCGCCAGAGCAGGAGGCGACCAGCUGCACCGAGUACGCGGAGAUCACGAUUCGCAAGUGAGCGUCCUGCAGGGCCCGGGCCCAGGAAGGGACACUGGAUGGGGCCUUCAGCGUCCGCAGCCCUCCGUUUGCUCCGUGGGAGAAAAACACCGACGAAACCUUAAAUUCCACGCCCACCGCCAUCGAGUCGCUGCCGACUCCUAGCAGAACUGUCCCUGUGGGAAGACAGCUGGGUCUUUCUUGCCCGAGAGGUGGCCUUGGAGCACCCCAGCCCAAGGCAUAACCACGCCAACAAG